AUGGGGAAGAAAGAUAAAUCCAAAGCAAAUAAAGACAAAGGAAAGGCUAGUCACAAAAAGCAGAAGAAGGGCAAGGAGAAACAAAAGAAGAGCCCCAAAGGAGAAAAGAAGUCCCUUCUGGCGUCGUCAGGAGAAUCUGGAGAUGAGUUAAGUCUUUCGGAUAAUGAUGUCAUGCGAAUGAAGCGCAUUCACGACACCAACGACGACUCAACGGACGGCUGGUUUCGCCCAAGCCUGUUUCUUCCUACGUUGUCUGAAAAUGAAUCGACGCUGUUCCAGCUGGUGCAGGAUGGUGAUCGAGACUCUGUGCUCCAGUUGCUGAGAGAUCAGCCCGAUCUCAACAUCAACUGCUGCAACUUCCAAGGCGUGCGACCGCUUCACAUAGCCGUGCAGCAGGGGGAUGAGCCCAUGGUGGAGCUGCUGCUGCAGCAGCCCAAGAUUGAGCUGUCCGACACUGUCCUCUACGCAGUCGAAGCGAAUAACGAAGAUCUCGUUCGGCUGCUCUUCGAGAAGAUGUCCGAGGAUGACCCCGACCAGGAGUUUUUCGGUUAUGACUCGAGCUCACGCUUCACGCCUAACAUGACACCGCUGAUUUUGGCUGCGCAAGCUGACCACUAUGAGAUGGUGUGCUUCCUGACAAAGCGGGGACACAAGAUCAUCAAGCCGCACCCUCCAGACUGCUUCUGCAAGCUAGAGUGUGCCGGUCGGCUGAAGGGCGAGGACCUGGUGAAGUCGUACCACCGGGUGCUAACGUAUCAAGCCUUGACGUCUCCGUCGUACAUCAUCCAGUCAUCACCGGACCCCAUCCUGACCUGCUUCACGCUUCAUCGUGAACUGGGCCGCAACAUCCACCGAGAGCGCGAGUUCCGCACACUGUAUGAAGAGCUGCAGCAGAAGGCCAGUGAGUUCGCGGUGCAGUUUCUGAACUAUUGCCGGUCCACGGAAGAGGUAGAACUGAUCCUCAGCCGCCCUCUGGGCUGCGAGGAAGGCGCGCGGCCCUUCCACUACCCUCGUCUUCUCAUGGCCAUCGACUACGGCCAGAAGGAGUUCGUCACCCAUCCGAAGGUGCAGCAGGUGCUGACCAAGCUGUGGCUGGGCCAGCGGCAGGAUUGGCGUCGCUACACCACCAAGAGGAAGGUGAUGAGCUUCUUCUUCGCACUGCUGACUCUGCCGCUUUCUGUGCUGUUGAUGCUCGUUUACCCCCAGUCUCGCCACGUUCGCUACUGGCACUCACCGAUAAACAAGUGGAUGAACUGGAUGGCCUCGUACCUCAUCUUCAUGGCGCUGAUCCUGCUCGAGUCGAGUCUGGACGAGAUGAGUCAGUUCCGCGGCCCACCGGACUCUGGCCUCGAGCCACUGCUGGUGCUGUGGGUGUUUGGUAUCGCCGCCUCUCAGGUGCGUCAGUGCUGGCGGCGCGGUCGGCGACGUUACUUCAGCGACUCGUGGCACUGGUACGAUACCCUGAUGACCACCGCGUUCAUGGUGUCGUUCUGCUGCUGGAUCUGGUCCUACUAUGACAUCGUCACCUACGGCAACGAGCGACUGGAGCGCAAGUUCUGGUACCAGUACGACCCGACACUGAUCGGGGAGGGUCUGGUGGCCAUCGCCAGCAUCCUGGCCUUCGGAAAGACCCUGUAUCUGUUCCAGAUGAACUCCAGCCUCGGCCCGCUGCAGAUCUCACUCGGUAAGAUGGUGUCGGACAUCUGUGAGUUUCUGGCGAUCUUCACGCUCAUCAUCUUCUCGUUUGCGUCGGGCAUGUACCGGCUGUACGCCUACUACGGAGGGAUGGAGAGACUGGACGGCUCCGGAGUGAAGACCUCCAUGUCUGGUGCGUUCGUCACCCUGCACGGGUCUGUUCGUACGCUCUUCUGGGCACUGUUCGGCAUGACUUCCCUCGAGUCGGUGCAGGUGGUUGUGGAGAACCUCCCCGGAGGUACGGAGCAGCUGCCUGUCAUCAACAAGCACAACUUCACUGAAGCUGUCGGCUACACGUUGUUUGCCGUCUUCCAUGUACUGUGCGUUGUUAUCCUGAUGAACAUGCUGAUCGCCGUGAUGUCCGACUCGUUUGAGAACGUGCACGAGUUUGUCGACAAGGAGUGGAAAUUCGCGCGCACCAAGGUGUGGAUCUCGUUCAUCCUGGAGCCGCCGAUCCCUCCGCCGUUCAACCUCCUGCCGUCUGCCGUGUCGCUGUUCCGUGCCGCCCGCUGGUGCUGCGCCUGUCUGACCAGGCCGCGGGGCCGCACAGCGCUCUGCUCAGCGCAGCGCUGCUGCUACAUCGCCGAGGAGAUCCACUUCCCGCGAGACGACCCGGCCGCCUUCAAGAUCCUGAUGGCGGCGCUGUCUCAGCGGUAUUUCCGCGAGCGUCGAACGACGGAGGCCGGCGGCGCGGCGACACUCAGCGAGACAGCAGGUCUGAAGCGCGGGCUGAUGACGCUCAAAGCUGAGCUGCGAGACCUGGCCACGGGCGCCUCCAGCACCACACUUCAGAAGAUGAAGUCGCGAAGCAAAAUGGCGCUCUAA